GCUGUGAGGCGAGCGGCGGGACUCGGGGGCGGCGCAGGCCGCGCGGAGGGAGGGAGGAUGGAGAGGCCGCCGUCCCUCCGCGGGGGUCCGCCCGGCAGCGCCGCCUGCGAGCCUUGGGAGAUGCGGGAGCGGCUCGGCACCGGCGGCUUCGGCAACGUCUCGCUCUACCAGCACCGGGAUCUGGGUACGAAGAUAGCAAUCAAGUCAUGUCGCUUGGAACUAAGUGUGAAAAACAAAGAUCGGUGGUGCCAUGAGAUCCAGAUCAUGAAAAAGCUGAACCAUCCCAAUAUUGUAAAAGCCUGUGAAGUGCCUGACGAGAUGAAUUUCCUUGUCAACGAUGUCCCACUUUUGGCUAUGGAAUAUUGCUGCAAAGGAGAUCUCAGGAAGCUGUUGAACUUACCGGAAAAUUGCUGCGGCCUUAAAGAGAGUCAAAUACUUUCUCUUCUUAGCGACAUCGGUUAUGGUAUCCAGUACUUGCAUGAAAACAGAAUAAUACACAGGGACCUAAAACCUGAGAAUAUUGUUCUUCAGGAAGAAGGUGGAAAAAUAAUUCACAAAAUAAUAGACUUGGGAUAUGCCAAGGAUCUGGAUCAAGGAAGCUUAUGCACAUCUUUUGUUGGGACCUUACAGUAUUUGGCACCAGAACUCUUUGAUAAUAAGCCAUAUACAACUUCUGUAGACUUCUGGAGCUUUGGAACUGUUGUCUUUGAGAGCAUUGCAGGAUUUAGACCAUUUUUACACAACCAGCAGCCUUUUACCUGGCAUGAUAAAAUCAAGAAGAAGGAUCCGAAAUACAUUUUUGCAUGGGAAGAGAUGACUGGGGAAGUUAGAUUCAGUCCUCAUCUGCCAAAUCCCAACAGCCUCUGCAGUAUAAUUGUAGAAAUGAUGGAGAGCUGGCUGCAACUGAUGCUAAAUUGGGAUCCACAGCAGAGAGGGGGUGGUCCAGAUCCAGAAACUGGUAAUUUGAGAUGUUUCCAAUUAAUGGAUCAAAUACUGGGUUUGAAGAUAGUUCACAUCUUAAAUAUGACUUCUGCCAAGAUCCUGUCUUUUUCAUUGCUCCCCGAGGAAAGUCUCCAUUCUCUUCAGUCUCGCAUUGAGUCGGAGACCGGGAUCAGCACAGGGAACCAGGAGCUUUUGCUUGAGAUGGGAAUUUGCCUUGACCCUCGGAAGCCAGCCUCUCAGUGUGUUAUUGAUGGCGUAAGAGGCUGGGAUAGCUACAUGGUUUAUUUGUUUGAUAAAAGCAAAACUAUCUACGAAGGCCCCUUUGCUUCUAGGAGUCUGUCCGAGUGUGUAAAUUAUAUUGUGCAAGAGAGCAGAAUUCAGCUGCCCAUUGUGCAGCUUCGUAAGAUAUGGGCUGAAGCUGUGCAUUACAUCAUUGGACUAAAAGAAGAUUACAGCCGGCUGUUCCAGGGGCAAAGAGCUGCAAUGCUGAGUCUUCUCAGGUACAAUGCCAAUUUAACCAAAAUGAAAAACAACAUGGUGUCGGCGUCUCAGCAACUGAAAGCAAAGCUGAAAUUCUUUCAGCAGAGCAUCCACCUUGACUUGGAGAAAUACAGUGAUCAGAUGACAUACGGAAUAUCCUCGGAAAAGAUGCUGAAAGCCUGGAAAGAAAUGGAAGAAAAGGCCUUGCAGUGUGAACAGGCUGGAGAUAUUGGCUACUUGGAUGAGCAGAUCAUGGCUUUGCACACUGAGAUUGUAGAACUGCAGAGGAGUCCCCAUGCACGGCGUCAGGGCGAACUCAUGGAAAAUCUUGAGCAAAGAGCUAUAGAACUCUACAAGCAAUUAAAACCAAGACCCCCAGAUCAUUCCUACAGUGACAGCACAGAGAUGGUGAAGAUCAUAGUCCAUACAGUUCACACUCAAGAUCGCGUGCUCAAGGAACUCUUCAAACAUCUUAGCAAACUGUUGGGUAGUAAACAGAAGAUUAUUGAUUUGCUUCCAAAGAUUGAAGUGGCUCUGAAUAAUAUCAAAGAGGCUGACAAUUCAGUGAUGCAGAUGCAAGCGAAAAGGCAGCGGGAAAUCUGGCAUUUGCUGAAAAUUGCUUGUACCCAGAGUUCUGCUAAAUCUCCUGUUAGUUCCAAUGUGGAUGGCACAAUUACAUCCUCAGUGCCUGCAUUGCUCUCACCAGGAAAUGCUCUUCAACCUCUUUCUUCUAUGGAAACAUCUAGAAAUGUGCCACCAUUUGCACAUUUGAUAGAAGAAAAUCUAAGCUACCUCGACAAUUUUAGCACUAUUAUACAAGAAGCAAAACGUGACCAGAAUAACAGCAUGAUGAGUCUCGAUUGGAAUUGGCUAAAUUAGCUGAGUGUGUGAACAGAACUUGAGAGAAUUCGCAGUUGUGCUCUGUGCGCAUCUGUCCCGUCCUGGAUUUAUGAUCACCUCCUAAACGCAACUGCCACUGCCUGAGAACCUUGCAGUUGAGGAUGGCAUUUUCAUACAUACCUGCUAAAUCGUUCUUGAGUGGCUCCAACCCUCUAAUAGAGUUCUGCAGCUGCUGUAGUCAGUCAGCGGUCUUAUACCCCUUUGCAACAAACAUCAAGGUCUGAUGGUUUUCUUUAGAAUUCCUCUUUCUCUUUAAUUAAUUGAGACCUUGUCAGACGUUGCCAUGCUAUAUUUGUCCAGUCCUGCUGGAGCUUCUUGGAAAGUUGGCUGCCCCUGCUUUUCACACUAAGAUGUAUAGUCCUGAUGGAGUCAUGGGGGGCAUAUAGUGCAAUGUAAUGAAAUGAAAUGUACAAAGAAAUAAUACAAAUUGCCCUACAAGUAGUUACUGAAUUCUACUAAGGCAGGAACUAGAGAGAAGACAUGGAAAAGUCUGUAAAUAGUUUGUAACAUGGUUUGUGAACUGGUUCCCCCUUUUCUCUCUGGUUCCUUAAAAAAUGAUGGAUAUUCUUUCAGCAUGGGUGGGGAAUCUAUGGCCCUCCAGGUGUACUUCCAACCCUAUCAGUCCUAGCCAAUUGUUUGAGAAGAUGGGAGUUGUAGUCCAACAUCGUACGUGAAAGGACACAGGGUCCACCAUCCCUGCAACAUGGAAUAUUUUGAUUAUAUAUCAUCUAUUUUUAAAUAUGUUGAUUUUUGUAUUACCUGACUUCAACCUAACUAGGGUGGGUUGCAAAUGUAAAAAAAA